UUAGGAUGGUUGGGACGGAGGAAGAAUCGUUACUGUUCGCUUUACUGAAGCGAGAUUGUGAGUUCUGCGCGGUUUGUAAAGUGCAGUUAAAUUCCACCGCGGCUCCCAAACUUCUGCCGUGUCUUCAUCCGGUGUGUAAAGCCUGUGUUACAAACAACAGUGGAGAAAACAGCUUUAAAGAAUGUCCAGCAUGUGGCCAAUAUUUCAACCUGCACGAAAUUGGAGACUGUUUUAUUUUUAAAGACUACUCCCCCAAAUGUGGGGGGUGUGACGAGUCCUCAGUCAGCGGCUGGUGUUCGCAGUGUGAGGAGGCUUUGUGUUCAGAUUGCGUAUCGGCUCAUCGCAGGGUCAAGAUGACGCGCAACCACACAAUCAUUCCAAAGGAAUCUGCACCGGUUUUGUACACAAGCCUGCGCUGUACCUCACACACACAGGAGCGACUGAAGUUGUUUUGUCUGACCUGUGAGGAGCUUACCUGUCGAGACUGCCAGCUGAUUGACCACCGAGGCCACAGUUUUCAGUUGCUGGAUGAAGCCCUGGUUUCUCAGAAGGAGCAGCUGAUAAAUCUGCAGAGCAGCAUCAGAGACCAAAGAAAAACUUUGACGAACAGCAUCCAGGAUCUAGAGCAGAGACUUUGUGACAUAAACGAACAGAAAUCGAGCUCGAAGGAGAAGGUGACGAGUUUGCUGCGCUCCGUUUAUUUGAGCUUGGUGUUGAGAUGUAAUCACCUGUGUAAGGAAAUGGAGCGCCUGUACGAUGAGGAAGAGAAGAGUCUGAAGACGAUGAAGAUCACUAUGAAAAGGCUGGCGGAGAGGCAGGAGUACGUCGCUGCAUUCAUUCAGAAGAUACUGACCACUGACGGACAGUGCAUCCUGCUGCACAAGAAACAAAUUGGCAAGCGGGUGCAGAAGCUUCUGGCACAGAGGACAUUUCUGCCUGACACCGUGAUUCAUCUUAAAUUCCAGCUUAAAAAUGACAUGCUCCAAAAUAUCAAGACUUUUGGUUCAUUUGUGGUGACCAGAGUUCCUCCCACCAAUUUAGGAAAACACAAAAGUAGAAGUUCUGAACCCACAGAUGCAGACAGAAACGCUUCAGAGUCUCGGACGUUAGCUCACGCCGAGUCCAGCGAUCCUUGCGUUUUACCUCCGGCUAAAGAGUCGGAGUCGGCCUCGUCGAGAUCGGCGCGAGCCACCCAAGAAUCGUUAGACUCUGACUUGCGACAGAUCGGUGCCGCCGCCGUACCCCUUCACCUUCCAACCCAAACCGCUCGGGGCAAAGCCGCCAACCGCCAAGUCGGCCGAACUUUGUCUCAUUCUGUCUCAUCUCAGACGUCACGGCAAAUGAAGUCCUUAAGACGUUACUCAUACCCUUAUUCUAGCUCGUCCAUACCUGUCCAGUCUGCAGGGAAUUCAUCCCAUCCACGGUCUAGCUCGACUGUGAUUGGUCAGACUGGUGUAAAUGUACCCUUCUCUCAAGCUUGCUCGUCCAUACCUGGUCAGUCUGCAGGGAAUUCAUCCCAUUCACGGUCUAGCUCAACUAUGAUUGGUCAGACUGCUAUAAAUUGGUCUCACUCUCAGACCAUCUCUUCAAUACCUGGUCAGACUAUUGGGAAUUCAUCCCAUCCACAGUCUAGCUCGACUGUGAUUGGUCAUAUCGCAGUAAAUAUGCCUCACUAUCAGCCUGUCACUUCCAGACCUGCUCAGACUAUUGGGAAUUCAUCCCAUCCACAGUCUAGCUCGUCUGUGAUUGGUCAGACUGGUGUAAAUGUACCCUUCUCUCAAGCUUGCUCGUCCAUACCCGGUCAGACUGCAAGAAAUUCAUCCCAUCCACAGUCUAGCUCGACUGUGAUUGGUCAGAUCGCAGUAAAUAUGCCUCACUAUCAGCCUGUCACUUCCAGACCUGCUCAAACUGCUGGUAAUUCAUUUCAUCAACAGUCUAGCUCGACUGUGAUUGGUCAGACUGGUGUAAAUGUACCCUUCUCUCAAGCUUGCUCGUCCAUACCUGGUCAGACUGUUGGGAAUUUGUCUCAUGUACAGUCUAGCUCAUCUGCGAUUGGUCAGAUCGCUGUAAAUAUGCCUCACUAUCAGCCUGUCACUUCCAGACCUGGUCAGACUGCUGGUAAUUCAUCUCAUCAACAGUCUAGCUCGUCUGUGAUUGGUCAGACUGGUGUAAAUGUAGCGCUCUCUCAAGCUUGCUCGUCUGUACCUGGUCAGUCUGCAGGGAAUUCAUCUUAUGUACAGUCUAGCUCGACUGUGAUUGGUCAGAUCGCUGUAAAUAUGCCUCACUAUCAGCCUGUCACUUCGAGACCUGGUCAGUCUGCAGGGAAUUCAUCUUAUGUACAGUCUAGCUCGACUGUGAUUGGUCAGAUCGCUGUAAAUAUGCCUCACUAUCAGCCUAUCACUUCGAGACCUGGUCAGUCUGCAGGGAAUCCAUCUCAUGUACAGUCUAGCUCGUCUGUGAUUGGUCAGACUGCUAUACAUUGGCCUCACUCUCAGACCAUCUCAUCAAUACCUGGUCAGACUCUUGGGAAUUCGUCUAAUCAACAGUCUAGCUCAACUGUGAUUGGUCAGACCGCUAUAGUUUUGCCACAAUACCAGCCUGUCGUGUCCAUACCUGUCCAGACUGUUGGGAAUCUGUCUCAUCAACAGUCUAGCUCGUCUGUGAUUGGCCAGGCCGCUGUAAACCUGCCUCACGCUCGACCCAUCAUAUGCAUGCCAGGUCAGACCGUUGGUCAUUCAACUCCUCCACAGUGUAGCUCGUCUGUGAUCGGUCGGACCUCUCAGCCUGUCCUGUCCAUACAGGGUCAGUUGGUUGGUAAUGCAUCCCACCAACAAUGCAGCUCGUCUAUGAUUGGUCGGAUCUCUAGUUUGCCACACUCUCAGCCCGUCCGGUCCGUACCUGUCCAGACUGUUGGGAAUUUGUCUCGUGCACAGCCUAGCUCAUCUGCAACUGUCCAGACUGCUGUAAAUAUAUCUCACCUACAGUCCAGCUCUUUCGUACCUGGACAGACGGUGCAUAAUCGCUUCCCUUCAAAUCAGAACCAGAAUAGAAUUGUAGCAGUUCCAGUGAUGUUACCCCGGCCUCUGCCUGUUACCCCUGCUGCAGCAUCCCAUGUAAACCCUGCAAGAGCAUCUUUGUCCCAUGGUGUCGCCCGUAAUAUUUCUGGGUCUAACUGCCCUGUUUCAUCUGCCCCCUCGUUGAUUCCCACUAUUCAGUCUGGUCAGACUGUGUCUAAGCCUCAAACAGCUAGUCUGAACACCAGCGGUCAGUCCAAUGCUGUACGGUUAACUCUUUUCCGAGUGCCAGACGGAGAACUUCAUAGCUUGGGAAGAACCCUAAAAUUCCACAAUUACACUCCCGUUUCUACUGUCAGUCAGGCCUCCAUUCUGACCGCCGCGCCGCCGCUAGUUACGAUUCCCGUGGCUGUCGGAAACGAGAGAUCGCUGCACCCCGUGCAAAGCGAAGCGCCAAGUCCAUCUCAGCCUGUAGAGCCCAAGCUUACAGAAUUACCAGUCACGAGUAAUAAAUCUCCAGCUCCCGGUGCGUUAACUAGCACAAUCCAAAGUGAGCUUACUACUCAGAAGUCCCAGAGGAGCACAUGCGAACCCCCAGUGAAAGCCCCCGCCGAUUCCGUCUGCGAGCUGGAAAUGAGCCUGCCUCCCUGCGCCUCUCCCGUCGCCGUCGCCGGUGAAGCGGACAGCGACCUUCCUACGUCUACCGUGCCAGAAAUCGACACCAAAGAGCUCCCGGCAGUUUUACCACAGCGGUCGCUCCACGUCUCCUCACCAGAGCUUUGCACGACCUCGACAGAGGAAUGCUCUUCUAACCAGAGCUCCCUUGUCAUAACAGAAUGCGUUUCAUUGAAUCAGUCCUCAGCCGAGCAUUGGCUCACGGGUCUGCCAAAGUCAUUUCGUGAAAUGUUAACGAACAGCGACUCGACCUCCAGUGAGGUGAACGUGACGCCCGGGGGUGAUGCAUCCGGUUCUGAGACGGAUCACAGCGAAAAGUGGGAAUAUGAGGGGAUGGAGAACAUUGAUUUUGAAUUGGAACGCUUGGACGAAACCAUAACUCGGGAAGCACCUGAAUUAAUCAGACCUGAUAUGAAGCAUCUGCGUGCAUCGCUGCUGCGAUUACCCAUCUCAGGAUCUUCUCCACCUCGAUAUCGGGUCAUUCCGAACGAGCUGGAGGGCGAACUUUUGCUUCAGGAAAUGAAGGAGGGUCAGGUAACGGAUAGAUUUCUCAGGGUCCCUGUACCUCCGGCGGCCUUCUCGCUCUCAGAUCCCCGCCCUUCCGACAGCCCCCUGCUGGCUGAAGUGCUGGACUGUGCUGUGUGCUGGUCUGCUGGAGCUUCGCUGCGGUGUUCACAAUGUGGGAGGACUUUUCAUCCCGACUGCCACGUCCCUCAAGUCUUCAACCCCAUCGGGGUCUGGGUGUGUUCCAUGUGUCAGGACAUCGAUGCCGCUGACCCGUACAGUUGCGAUAGGAUUAAGGAGCCGUACCUCAGUCUGCAGGACCAGAGGAGGUGUGAGCAGGUCAUGCUCUCCAUGAUGUGCGAGGAGAACGGCUAUCUUCUCUACGAAAGGACCGAGCAGACUGCAGGUUGUGUGGAAUUUGAUUUUAUUCUUAAUCGAUUGUUGGAAAAACGCACUCCCCCCUACCGCUCAGCCGCAGAAAUGGUUUCAGACGUCUGGGCUAUUUUUGACGCAUUAUCAUCAAAUUCCAAGAACAAAGAAUCGGUUUCGAAGCUUCAGGUUGGGUUCGAGGCGAGAUUGAAUGCAGCGUUCGGGGAAAGCCUCCACGCAUCUCUCCUGAAACCGUUUAGUGCAGACCUGAAGAACUUACCAGAGACCCAGGUGGAAAACGACAAGGCCAAGAAUACCCUGAAGAGGAUGAAAGCAUUUUUAGCUGGACACUGUCCGGUCGUGGUUAAGAAACCCCAUGCUGAGAAUAACUGAAGGACUCGCAGUAUCUGCAAUCCAAAGAGUAAAUGUUUACAUGAACUUUUGUAUCACUGCCUACAUUUCAGUUUUAUAUUUCUAUUUAUUUCUCUGUAAUUAUUGAUUGUAAUUGAUUGUAGAAUGUAAUAAUGAAAUGUUCGUUCUUUCUUGGAAGGAACCUUUGAAUUCUAUUCGGCUUGAGUUCUGCAUUUUGUUUACUAGUUGCUGAUGGUGACCUGCAUGUAGCAGAGUUUAUAAAAAUGAUGCAGUACCGUUCCUCUUGGACUGGACUCACAAAUCCAUAAGGCACAUGGUGGUACAAGAGCCUAGCCACCAGCGGGUUCUUAGCGCCUGUCCCAAGCCCUGAUCUAUAUAAGGGGUGUGUCGGGAAGUACACCCGGUGUAAAAACUGUACUGAUGUACUGUGACGAAUGAUCCAGUGUAUGUUAAUGUUCUUGGUCUAUGUUCUUAUCUUGUACCAUUUCCUGUCCUGGUAGAGUAAAUGUGGGCAUGUUUACUGCCAGCAGAUGGCAGAAGUUCCUUGUGAAUUUAGAGAUGGCUGGUUGAUGUAAAAGCUGAGUGGCUGUCACACUGUGAA